AUGAGGAGUAUUUCUACAAGAGAGAAGAUCCUUGUCGUCAUCAUUGGGGCGAUUAUCGCAUGGUUGCUGCGAAGAUAUGUGUUGAGGGUCGGGCAUUUUUCUAAUUUCGGACGGAAGUGUGGGGGAGAAAACACGUCUGUUGGGAAAAGGAGGGAAAAGGUGCGGCUGGUGCCGAGGAAAGUCGACCUUUUUGUCCAGAAGGCCCAGGAACAAGGUGCGGCGGCAACAGAGAUGGCAGAUAUUGUACGUCUUUUUCCAAGACGGUUUGAACUUUUGGGUCACGUGGUUGUCGUGAAGCUCAACCCCGGUGUGGCACAGGAGGAGUUCGCGUGCUACGCCAAGGCAUUUGCCGAGUCCUUUUUCCCGCGUGUUGUCGAUGUUGUGUUGCUCGACACGGAGGGCAUCACUGGGGAGCUGCGGCUACCAAAAUUAGUUACGCUGUGGGCAAAAGAGGCGACUCUUAUAACAAUGCCGAGAGAAUCCCUAAAAUACGCGCUGAAACAGUUCAAAGAGCCGUCGUAUAUUUUGUCGGAGGAUUUGAAGCAGUUUGAGGCCUACGCGGAUUCACCGACGUUUACAACACAUGUGGAGAAUGGCAUCCGAUAUAGUUUUGACGUCUGCAAGGUGAUGUUCUGCAGCGGCAAUGGGACGGAGCGGAUGCACUUUGCCACCAUUGAGGCACGAGAUGAAGUGGUGGUGGACAUGUUUGCGGGUAUCGGUUACUUCACAUUACCCCUUGCGGUGUUCGGCUUUGUGAAAGUUAUUCAUGCAUUGGAAAAGAAUGCGACAAGCGCGGGGUUUUUGAAGUACAACGCACUUCAAAACCGGGUCGGGCACUUGAUCCGCACUUACUGUGGUGAUAAUAGGGAGGUGGCAUCGGAGCUGUGUGGCCAGUGUGAUCGGGUGCUCAUGGGGUACAUCCCGUCGUGCACGGCCUUUUUGCCGCGAGCCAUUUCCUUCUUGAAACAAUCGCCGCAUGGGGACCCUGUUGGCACGAUUCAUUAUCACUUUUUAUCGGAUAAGAAGACUGCUGAGGAGACAGCCAAGCAACACAUUCGAUCGGAGUUGGGUGAGCAUGUCACGUCUUUGAUGCACAUCAUCGCGCUGCGCACGGUAAAGUCGUACGCACCAAAGAUCUUCCAUCAUGUGGCGGAUAUUCGGUUUGAGGCGUCGUGA